GGUGAAGAAGGGGUUAAACUUCUCUUCUCCCGACUCUCCCCGCUCAGAAAGCGUGCUUUGGUCCCUGCCCCUAGAACGCUGAUUGGUUCAAACCUUCCCCAACUUGCCCCUGGAUUAGGCCCUGGGAGCUAGAGGCCCACCUCGCCCCUGUCUUGGCGCCACCUUCGUCCCAAAGCGGCCUUUUGCUGGAGCUGUUGGCUUAGAAGCCUGAGGGCCUUGGGGCUGUCUGAUGCUUUGGGAGGGAGGGGCCAAGGAGCAAGGCUCCGCCCUCCAGGCUCGCGUCCCGCGUUGCGAGGGAGGGAGCCCUUUAAGAAGACUGGAGUGAGUUACGGAGGAGGGGAGAGGGGUCUCUAAGAUCUCGGUGAAACAGCGGAGCCUUCUGAGGAUCUUCCUUGCACCUGCUGUACUCCCUCCCUCCAACCGGGACAUCCAGGUUAGAGGCUUUCCCCAGGUCUUUCACUUCAGAGAGGAGCAUGUAGGCAGAUAAAAGAUUCCUCCCAGGUCAGAACUUUACCUCAGAUCAGAAUUUGCCUGGGGGUGAAGGCUUUCCCCCCUGAAAGCUCUAUUCCCAGGUGACUUUCCCUACUUCAGGGGAGAGCUUCCCUUUCCAGAUGGGAGUGUCUCCCCCUAGGUGAGAACUUCCAAAUUCAAGAAAGACCCCCUUCUCCUCAGAGAUCCCCCCAGAUAAGGGAUACACAGGCAUUCCUGUCUGCAACAUAGAUAAUGGAGUUGCAGAAGCAAGAUUACCAUGUGGACCGGCCACUGAUGAACCAGGAGCAACUGGAAGAACUGGGGCGCUGGGACUUGACACCUAGGACCUAUCAGUGGAGAACAUGGUUGAAGUGCUCCCAUGCACGGGCCCGUGCCCUUCUGAUUCAACAUCUCCCGGUCUUGGGCUGGUUACCCCGUUAUCCUGUGCGUGACUGGCUCCUGGGUGACCUGUUAUCUGGCCUGAGUGUUGCCAUCAUGCAGCUUCCCCAGGGCUUAGCCUAUGCCCUCCUGGCUGGAUUGCCUCCUGUGUUUGGCCUCUAUAGCUCCUUCUACCCAGUCUUCAUCUACUUCCUGUUUGGUACUUCCCGGCAUAUCUCCGUGGGGACCUUUGCUAUCAUGUCUGUGAUGGUGGGCAGUGUGACAGAAUCCCUAGCCCCAGAUGAGAACUUCCUGCUGGACUCAAACUCCACAGUCAAUGAGACAGCCAGAGAUGUCACCCGUGUGCAGCUGGCCUCCACACUCAGUGUUCUGGUUGGACUCUUCCAGGUGGGGCUGGGCCUGGUGCACUUUGGCUUUGUGGUCACCUACCUGUCAGAGCCUCUGGUCCGCAGCUAUACCACAGCUGCAUCUGUGCAGGUCUUUGUCUCACAGCUCAAGUAUGUGUUUGGCCUCCAGCUGAGUAGCCACUCAGGGCCACUAUCCCUCAUCUAUAUAGUGCUGGAGGUCUGCUGGAAGCUGCCCCAGAGUGUCAUCGGCACCGUGAUCACUGCACUUGUGGCCGGGGUGGUGCUUGUGAUGGUGAAGCUGUUGAAUGACAAGCUGCAGCGGUAUCUGCCCCUGCCGAUACCUGGGGAAUUGCUCACGCUCAUUGGGGCUACAGGCAUUUCCUAUGGUGUAGGCCUGAAGCAGAGAUUUGGGGUGGAUGUUGUGGGCAACAUCCCUGCAGGACUGGUAUCCCCAGAAGCUCCCAACCCCCAGCUGUUUGUAAAGCUUGUGGGAAAUGCCUUCGCCAUCGCUGUGGUUGGGUUUGCCAUUGCCAUCUCACUGGGAAAGAUCUUUGCCUUGAGACAUGGCUACCGUGUGGACAGCAACCAGGAGCUGGUGGCCCUUGGCCUCAGUAACCUCAUUGGGGGUAUCUUCCAAUGCUUUCCUGUGAGUUGCUCUAUGUCCCGGAGUCUGGUACAAGAAAGCACUGGGGGCAACACACAGGUUGCCGGAGCUGUCUCUUCCCUUUUUAUCCUCCUCAUCAUCCUCAAACUUGGAGAACUCUUCCAAGACCUACCUAGGGCAGUUUUGGCAGCCACCAUUAUUGUGAACCUAAAGGGCAUGUUGAUGCAGUUUGCUGACAUAUGCUCCCUGUGGAAGAAAAAUCGUGUAGACCUGCUCAUCUGGCUGGUGACCUUUGUGGCCACCAUCCUGCUAAACCUGGACCUUGGCCUGGCAGUUGCAUUAGCCUUCUCCCUGCUUCUUGUAGUGGUCCGAACACAGCUACCUCACUACUCUGUCCUGGGGCAGGUGUCAGACACGGAUAUUUACAGAGACGUGGCAGAGUACUCAGAUGCCAGGGAGGUCCCAGGUGUGAAGAUCUUCCGCUCCUCAGCCACCAUAUACUUUGCCAACGCUGAGCUCUACAGUGACACACUGAAGCAGAGGUGUGGUGUGGAUGUUGAUCACCUCAUCUCUCGGAAGAAGAAACUGCUCAAGAAGCAGGAGAUGAAGCUGAAGCGCCUACAGAAACACAAGUCACCCCAGGAACAGGCUGUUUCUUCCCAGGACAACUCAGUUUCCAUCAAUGUCAACACCAAUCUUGGAGACAUCAAGAGCAAUGAUGUGGAGAGCUCUAAGACCAAGGCAAGGCCAGAGAAUGAGCUGGAAGAGAUUGUGGCUAGUGGUCAAGAAGAUGCCAAGGCUAUAGCUGUGCCUACACUGAAAGCCCUGGGCCUGCCUCAGCCGGACUUUCAUAGCCUCAUCCUGGACCUGGGUGCCCUCUCCUUUGUAGACACUGUGUGCAUCAAGAACCUAAAGAAUAUUUUCCGUGACUUCCGGGAGAUUGAGGUGGAUGUGUACAUUGCAGCCUGCCACAGUCCUGUGGUCACCCAGUUGGAGGCUGGGCAGUUCUUUGAUGCAUCUAUAACAAAACAGCAUCUCUUUGUCUCUGUUCAUGAUGCUGUGACCUUUGCCCUCCAACACUCAAAGUCUGGCCCCAUCAGCCCUGUUUUGGCCACCAAACUCUGACUGUGUUAUUACCCUGCCCAAGAUUGCUUACCUCUGGAGGUUGUGAUGGAGCACCCUCAAGAAGACCCCCACACUGAGCAUGUGCCACUCAGGAGCCCCUUGGUGCAUACAUACAUACAUACAACUCAGGGAUGGAGAUUUUAGGAAUCCAGAUUCAGGUUAUAGGCCUGGAAGAGGGGUACUGUGGUCUGGCUGGCCUUGGCCAGGCUUGGGGAGGGAGCCAAUGUCUAUUUUCAGUCUAAGGAAUAAAAAUUUGUUUAACCAGCUCUAGGCUUUGCCAUGACAUGGGGGAAGCUUGACUGGGGAGUUGGAUGGUUGAUAAUUCUGGCUUCUGACCUUUUUAUGCCCCAAGAUAGAGACUGAGGUCAGAAGCCAGGGAUGGGGAUUAGAGGAGGGGAAGGUCAGGCAGAAAGUGUACAGAGUAGGAGAGCUAUGGGGCCAGGCCCAAUGUGAGGACAUCCCAGGCUCAAGUUUCUCCCCAAUUACACACAGGUAGAAUUUAGCUUCAGGCUGGAAAAUAAUUGGAGUUAAAACUGUUUCUCAGGAAUAAUCAGCUCUCAGGGAUACCCAAUAAGGUGCACAGCAGGGCAGGUGCCACUGGGCAGCCCUUGGGUGGUACAGAGUGAACCCCUGAACACCCAGUCAAGGAAGAUCAGUUGCCUACCAACGCUGCUGAUCUGUAUUUUUAAAUAAGUGUGAUUGAUUGCUUGUUUAUAUAAUUAGAUCAUUUGACUUGGC